AUGAAGUACAGAACUAUAAAACCCUUAGAGAAUGUCGAGGACACCAUUAUUUCGAUGGUAGUAUGGUGCCAGGAGUACUAUGAUGUGAACCAUACUUCUGUGUGUGAAAUAUUGAUAUUCCACGAGUGUCAUUUAGAGAGAAAUAUUCCGUCAACUGUAUUGAUAUGGCAGCAGAGCAAUUUCGUGCACAAUACGGAUGUGUAUGAAUUUCCAAUGAAGCACAAUUAUCUGAAGGAUCUGAAAAUCGAGGGGCAGGAUUUCGGCUUGUAUUAUACGAAGAACAGUACUGUCUCGAACUUGUAG